ACCUAACAAAAUAACAGCCUUAAUUUUCAUAAGUUGGCUUGUUAAUAUGACAAUUAAAGGUGGCACAAGCCAAGCCUGCGCCGCUUGCAAAUACCAACGUCGCCGCUGCUCGAAAGACUGUGCCUUAGCACCAUAUUUUCCCGCUGAUCAACCAAAGAUGUUUCAAAAUGCCCACCGUCUCUUUGGUGUCUGCAAUAUAAUGAAGAUCCUCAAACAAGUUCAUCCGUCGCAGAAAGACGAAACAAUGACUUCAAUCAUCUACGAAUCGAACAUGCGUUCUAGGUUUCCGAUUCAUGGGUGUUGUGGUGUCAUAUGGCAACUACAUUAUCAAAUACAACAAGUGGCCGAAGAGCUUCGACAAGUUAGGAGUAGAGUAGAUAUGGUGAAAGAACAGUUUAAUCAAAUCAACAAUAUCGGGAUUACAGAAGGAGAAGGAGUUGGAAUUCUAGGUAAUAACGACAUUGGUUAUCCGAUUUAUGCACAACCGCAGCAGCAGCAACAGUAUAAUUCGAAUUCGGGGUCACUUGUAAAUCAAGGAAUAGAUGGAAGUGAUUUAUUAUUUGGAAAUUUGAACAUGAAUAAUGGGGGAAUUUAUGUUGAUAAUGAUGAUAAUAAUGGAUUGAUGUUGAAGGAGUUGAGAAUUCAACAACAUUACAAUGAUAACUAUGGGAUUAAUAUUAGUAAUGUUGAUUCAAUGCUGAUGCAAUCUAACUUGAUACCUGGAGCUUACCCUUUGCAACAAGAAAUGGAAAUUUCUCAUGAUUAUGAUGAUCAAAUUGCCUUUGACACAAUUGCUGAUGAUCGUCAAUCAUAUAUUGAAUCUAAGGAAGCAUGCGAUUCUAGCGCGGAAUCGACGUUGAAAGAUGUAUCAGAAACAUCACCAGAAUAUGUUUCUACUUCUAGGACGACGGACCUCAAGAACGCUGCAGCUUGCUUUAGUUUAACAAGCCAUGUCAAAUAAAUGACCAAAAAAGGAUUAAUAUUAGAGUGAGAGAGAUCAGCCCCAAUCAAUCCUUGUAGAUGUGAAGGCCAUUGUUAGAGUCCUCAUAUUGAUUCUUUUAUUCUUUAACUAGCUCAGCUAUUUCCUCGAAAAUAAAAAAGAGGUGAGAUCAAUAAAUUUUCCAAUCUCUUUUGUGUAUAUGUAGUUGAAG